UCAACCAAUGUUGAGAAGAUCGGGCCAUCCAUCACGAAGGUGGAGCAUCUGUCUUCUUAUAAUUGGAUCGAAUCGCCUAGCCCCACUAUUGCUGUACCCGGUUGCCCGCCUCUUUGGUCUCCACCCAAAACCCGCAAGAAAGUGCCCAAAGACUCUGGGCUCAUUUACAUUGCUCAAAACGCGUUUCGCCAUCCUGAAAGUCCGCUUGAGCCACUUUUUCGCUCGUUGUAUAUUGAAAAUCCUUCAUACAACAUACACCAAGUUGAUUUGAUAACUGAUCGAAACAACGUCCGCAAGCUUCUGUCAGGUUACGGUCACGAGUUUGAGAAAGCUUUCACUACAAUCCAAGUAUCCGGUAGCACUGGACAUCAUCGGAUUAUCUCCUACAACUUUGGUGGUUUGAAAUUCAUAGUACGCUAUGAAACCGACGCAUAUGUUGAUGACGUUUCAAAACCUCAAUCUCACAGUGUGGAUUCGAAAAAUGAGAGUUUCCUGAACAUGAUGGAAAAUCUGUCUCUUUCGCGAACCGAAAAUCACUCUCGCGUUCCCACCGAAUCCAAAUUAGUGAUUCAGGAAGAAGGCAAACCAGUAUCAAUCAAAUCAACUCUUGAGAUCAAAACACGUGUCUCCCAUAAGCCUAUCAACAUCCAAGAAGUUCUUCCUCAGCUAUGGGUAUCGCAAACACCCAAUCUUGUCCGUGCCUACCACAAUGGGGGCAUGUUUGGACCGCCAGAAGUCAAAGACGUCACUUAUGAGAUUGCUGAGUGGGAAGAAAAUCAUGCUAAUGACCUUUGGGGAUUGGUUGCAUUGGUCAAGGAAAUCAUUAGAGUGGUGAGAGAAAAUGAGGGGAAUGCCGUCCUUAAAUAUGACGGUCGAAGUGAUAGCCUUGCGGUCUGGACGAGAGAAGGGAGCAGGAUGUUACCAGAUGAUCUUUAUUUCAAACUCGGUGCUGAAACUGUACCGACUCAAGCGAUUGAAUCAAAUUCUCGGAAAACAACACUCAAAAUUGGGGAUACUUUCUACAAUGUUGACAUCUCAGUGAUACCAUACUUAUCAUCAUUUGUCAGGUUUCAACGACUUGUCCAGCCGCAAAAUACGAAAUUCGUCCAUGGCAAUAUUGCCUUAUUUGAUAUUGCUCUCAAGGGCCUGGAAUCAGGCUAUCGACAAUGUUUCCGCUCUUUGCGAGGUGAUAUUCCUCAGUAUCACACUCUCUGUGAAACAUAUGACUUUCUCGGGGUCGACGUACUUGCCGGGCAGUCCAUUGAUGAUAUUUUUGCCGAUUUGAGGGCCUGCAAAACUGAUUAUGCACUCGAAUAUAAGCGUUAUCGAGCUGUAAGGGGCGAUAAAUCUCGAGCACGAGACGCCGCAUUUCGACUUUUAUUCCUGAUAAUACGCAGCGAAUUCAGUGAUGAAAAGAAAGAUCCUGCCAAGGUUUACAACGCUGUGUUAUUCGUUGUCUCACAUCCAGCAACCUUCAAACAGGGCACGAGAGCUGCGGUGCGAUCGGUCUUUGAUGAGCGUUUUGUUGUGUCCACGAAACAACGAAGCCAAUUGGAUCGUUGGAAAAAGGGAGCUACUAUCCACUCCUCAGGCGACGAGAACACAACCGAGGAUGAAUCUUCUGAGCCAUAUCUUUCUGAUGAGUCCUAA